GUCUGGGCCAUUGACUGGGGCAACAUGGGGUCGUUUGGCCUCUCGCGCGGAGGGCUGUGGUUGAGUCUGGCCGCGAGCCGGUGUGUUUUGGAACCCCGGCCCCCGGGGAAGCGGUGGCUGGUGGCCGGCCUGGGGAACCCUGGACUGCCCGGCACGCGGCACAGCGUGGGCAUGGCGGUGCUGGGGCAGCUGGCACGGCGGCUAGGUGUGGCGGAGAGCUGGGAGCGCGACCGGCGCUGUGCCGCCGACCUCGCCCUGGCCUCGCUCGGGGAUGCGCAUCUGGUCCUUCUCCGGCCACGGCGGCUCAUGAACGUCAACGGGCGCAGCGUCGGAGCUGUUUGGACUGACGCUGAGGAGGUCUGCCUGGUGCACGAUGAGCUCCACAAGCCGCUGGGGAAACUGGCUCUGAAGUUGGGAGGAAGUGCCAGGGGCCACAAUGGAGUCCGUUCCUGUUUUAGCUGCCUCAACUCUAACAUGAGUCCUGCACUGGGUCAGGCAAUGCCACGGCUGCGGGUGGGCAUCGGGCGCCCGACACACCCGGACACAGUGCAGGGCUACGUGCUGGGCCACUUCUCCCCAGCUGAGCAGGAGCUGCUGCCUCCAUUGCUGAGCGCCACCGACCUGCUCCUGGACCACAUCCGUGAGCGAAGCCAGAGGCCUUCGUCAGGGCUGUGACGCCAGUGGACUUGGCUGCUUGCCUGACUGUCGUGCCCACACACCCAGCCACGUCCACAGAGGUGCCACGCCAACCUGUGGUAUCUGUUUUUUAUAUAACUCUUCUCUGGGCUGCCCCAGGCUGCCUGUGGACGGAAGCGGGGACUGUGGCCGGAACGGUCCAUUUUUGGGAUAGGAGGUUGGUCUUCUGUGUCCUACUUAGAAAGUAGGGAAACUUCAGGAAGCCUAAACUUUUUGAACCUUUUUGGAGAACCAGAGGUAUGGAUCUGUAAGAAUAAAGAUGCCAGCUUGGAAGCUGAGGCCUGCUCGGGGGGUUCCCACCUCUCCCCUGCCGGCAGAGGAGGGGGCCACAGGGCCUAGCAAGCCCCCCUCCCAGGGGAUGUGUGGGCAUGUCUUAGCCCACUGAGGGCUUGCCACACCUUUCUUCAGCCCAUUUUACAGAUGAGGAAAUGGAGGCUUAGAGAGGUCUAGCCACCUCCCCAGGGCCACACAGCUGCAGCGUGGCAGAGCCAUGAUCUGCACCCAGGGCUGGCUGCCAUCCUGCUGUCCCCAGGGCCCCUGGCACCCUCACCUCAGGGCUGCUGUGUGCCCAUAAGUUUCCCACACGGGUGGUAUGUGAGAGCAGCCUGAGGUCCUCAGGGUUGGGUGGGAUGUGGAUCCGUCGAGGCACCAGGCCCAGGCCCCCUAGCUGGUAGGGUGUGACGCUGGACAGCUGCUGCAGCAGAGGCCCUGUCUUGAGAGGCUGGGUGCUGCACCGCCUGUGGGGAGAGGGCUGGUGUCAUCACCUCCAUUUCAUAGAUGAGGAAGCUGAGAUUCAGACAGGCUCUUGGGAGCCAGGUUUCGGGCCCAGGCUCAGCUGAGGACAGCCCUUGGACUAGUCCCGUAGCUCCUUCCUCUGAGGUCACACAGGGUCACUCACUCACCGGUCCUUUGGUGGGCCACAGGACUGGCUCUCCCGGCGGGGGGACACGGCCAUCUGGCGGCUCAGGGCCAUGGCCGAGCUGAGCAUGACCAGCAGGUGCUUCAGCAUCUUGUUGCGCUGCAGCUGGAACACUACAUCGAAGUCACCGUCCUCCUCGUCGGGCUGCAUCUGCCGGUAGGGGUGUGGGCGGGCCCACGAGGUCAGGCCCUUCAUGGCCCCAGCACCCACCUCUGGGAAACUCCAACCCCAGUGCCUGUUUUCUCAGUGUUCCCUGGCUGUGGUGGGAUACCCAUUCUCCAAAUGGGAAGACUGAGACCCGAGGCCUUCCAGGGCCUCAGAGGACUCCAUCCAGCUCCUUUGAGACCUCGAAGGGGUCUUUGAAGUGCAGAAUCAGAAAAGGACAGACUUGCCAGGAAUCUCACAGGGAGCAGGUGGGGCGCCUGGCCUGGCCAUCUCCGAUGGUCCAGUUAUCUCCGAGCAGUUUCUGUCCUUGGCUCCAUCCCCCGCCCCCCACUUUCACCCACUUCCAGUUUACCUGCACAAUGUCCUGUAGGAAGGAGGUGGCCUGGGCCAGGGCUGUCUCCAGGCUCGCCCGAACCUUCUGCUGUUCGGCCAGCUCCUGCUGUAGCCGCUGCCCCUCGGCCUGCUGACGCUCCAGCUGCAGGUUCAGCUGUUCUCUCUGGCUCCUGGGCCCGGGACCAGGACAAGUCAGCCUCCUCCCCAUUCUAGGGUGAGGGGCCCUGCCUUUUCUCUCCAGCCCACAGGGGCCCUCGGCCAGCCCCGGGCCUCAGCCUGUUUGACAGAUGAAGCCUCAGGGCCCCUCUAGAGAGGGGGAGUCGCUGGCCCGUGUCACGUGGCCACAAAGGGAGGGGUUCCCACCUGCUCCCGCCGCUUGCCCUUCUGCGGGCCGCACCUCAGUGCUUGGUGGUCCUUCUGCAGCUGCAUGAGGCUCUGCUCCAGCUGGCUCAGCAGGAGGCGCAGCUGCUUGGCCUCUGCCCUGCCCUGCUGCUGCUCGCGGCACUUCUCCGUCAGCAUGAGGAUGAUCUGCAGUGUGGGCAGGUGGCCAUGCCCUGGGCCCACCACAGGCCCUCAGCCAGCUCCGCUCCCCCGGGGAGGCCAGCCGAGGCCCUGGGAGCCCGGCACCCUCUCUAGAUAGCAGCUGGGUCCCCAGGGUUGGGUUCGACUUCAACCGGUUACGGGGGCUUUAAACCAAAUACAAACCAGAGAUGGGGCCAGAGCCCGCACAAGAAGGGCCCCAUCGCCUCACAGCUACCUCCCUCGAGAUUUGGCCCCUGGGGUCCACCCGUGAGGGGCUGUAUUUGCCCUGAGGACAGGGCCCCUAGGGUUCCUUCCUGUUCUCCGUGCCAAACACCCCAUGAUGAGGGCCUGGAGGGCACACCUUCUGGUGGCCUCUGCUGUGCCUGGCCAUGACCUUCUGGGAGUUCUCCAGCAGCUCCAGCUGUUUGCACAGGUUGUCCUGGUUGCCCCUGAGCUGCUCGUUCUCCUGCAGCAGCUGCAUGCCUUGCCGGGAUAUCUUGGCCAGCUGCAGGGUCACGGUGUUGUUCUCCAUGAUGGCCCGCUUGGUCGUGUCCCACAUCUGGCUCGUGGCCACCUUGCGGAACUCAGUGGCCACCAUGUUCACGCGCUGGAUGAUCUCCUUCUUCAAUCUAACAGGAGGGGUGGGAGUGAGGGGGUCAGGCAGAGUGGGCACAGGCACUUCCUGCCUACGCGGGGGUCCCCAGAGCGCCUAGAUCCCUACAUUGUCUCCCCCAGGAGGGGACAGGGCCACAGGCAGGAGACUUUUUACUGUAGACCCUUUGUACCAUUUUGAACUUUAUCCAUGUAAAUAUUAUUCAUUAUUAAAUAAAUAUAAGUUAAGUCACAGAAGGUGGCAAAAGGAAGUCCAGGGAUUCUUCAGCACCGGCGUGAGAACUGGGAACCUUUUUUCCCCUCCACCAUAACUCAGCCAGGAUUGUGAGGAGCAGCGGGUCGGGGCAUCUAGGAGCUAGUGCAGUGCCCCCAGUUAGAAGCCGAGGCUGUCAAAGGUCUGAGGACCGGGCUGUGCUCAGCCCCGGCCUGCCCACCUGUCCUUGUCCAGCACCGACUUCUUCUCCAGGUUAUGCACGUAGUCCUUGUAUUCGUUCUCCUGCUUCCGCAGCUGGUCCUCCAGCAACAUGAACUUCUCCAUGAGCUCCUCUUUCUGCAGCCGGAACUCCUCCAGGGCUGCCAGCUUCCCCCCUGUCCCGCCGCAGGGCACAGGCCUGGUGAGGGGCCGCCUCGGGAGGGCAGGGUCCCGGGGGUCUGGAGCGAUGAUGCCCCUAAACGUCCCGAUCCAGUAGGGCCAGUCCCCUGUCCCCCCACGUGCCCUGCAUGGUCCUGCCCACCUUUAUGGCUUCGUCUGGAAUGCUCUUCUCCUCCUCCACUAGUCUUACAAAGCCUGGGGUUCAAGGAGCCUCCCUUGACACUCUCCUCUACUCCCUUCUCAUGAAAGUGACAGUGACAACAGUCACUGAAUUUGAACACCUCUGGAUCAGGUGCUCAUGCUGUCAUUGAAACUCAUAACCACCCUUGCCAGCUGGGUGACCUUGGGCAAGACACUCCCCCUUGAAGUGCUUCCUCACCUACAAAGUGGCCGGUGGUGAAGGGAUUUCCUGCCUCAGGAUUGCUUGGACAACUACCAUGGAGGAUACAUGUGGGAAGCAGCACGUAACUGUUGUUCCUCAAGGUAGACGUAUUAUCCCCAUUUCCCAGGUGAGAAAACAGGGUCAGAGAGAAGUGCUAGCCCAAGGUCACAAAGAUAGUCCUUGGGAGAGCUAGGGUUUGAGACCAAAGAAACAGAGCCUUGGAUUCCCCACCCCCAUGGCGUGUGCCCCCAGGCUCGCUGGCCAGUGCCCCUCACCAAGGAUGAUGUUCUCAGUGGUGAGCUGGUCCUUGGUCUCCUGGAACUCGUGGCGCACCUGGGCUAGCUGUGCCUCGAAGGCGUCCUUCUCCAUCUCCUUGGCCAGCUGCAGGCUUUGGAGCUGCUCGUUGAGGUCGGUGAUCUCAUCCACCCGCUGGUUGAGCGUGUGCUUGAGGAAGGCCACGAUCUCCUUCUUGUUGUUGGCCAGCUGCUCAAACUCCUGGCGAAACAGCUUCUCCUGCACAGCCAGCUCAUCCCACUUCUGCUGGUACCUGAGGCAGGUGCAGGGCAGAGGUCCAGGGAGCUGGACAAGCCAGCCCUCCAUGCAGCUAGGCUGCUCCCUGGACCCUCCCAUAUCAGGGCAUUUGAGGUUCCAGCCUCAUCUCCCACUGUGCCCCCUGAUCAAUGCUUGCGACCAAGCCAAUGCCUGUGCUCAGCACUUUACGUUCAUUACAUCACUAGAAUGUAAGGUCCGUGAGGGCGGAGCCUCUGUCUGUUACAUUCACAGCUGUGUCCCCAACACCGAGGACAGUGCCUGGUACGCAGUAGGUACUCUGUAUUUGUUGAAUCCACAAUAACCUGUAAGGAAGUAGGUACUAUGAU